UACAAAGCAAACGGAAGCGGACAGGCGCCGUCGAGCCCGAAAGAAUCCGGGGCACCCCUCAUCGACACUGUGCAGUCGCGGCGCAUCUCGAUGCUUGUGACAUCCGUUUCUGCCCGCAGCUGUUGGUAAUCCUUCGCUCGUACAUCAUCGACCCCAGCCCUGAGCGAAAUUCCAAGUGCUUUCUUCUACAUAGUAUACUUCACGCCCUGCUGCAUCAAAAGACGUUAUCGCGGACGCAGGACUCAACGGGCGCGCAUUCGUGCCUUGUCUACGUCAACCUUCCACUUCCGUAGUCGCUGCGAGGACAUUGUCCCGACUAACUCACAACACGACCAUCCUACGAGGGGACCAGGACCACCAUCGGAUGCGCACUAUGACCUGAAGGUCAGAAUCUGCCAGCAAUGAACAGCAACCGUCCGUUCUUCUCAAACUUCUGGGCCACCUUCCGCGCCCAUUCUGCCGCCUUACCAAAGUCGUCUUCUUCCAUCUCCGCCGCCUCUCCAGCCGCAGCUGCAGUUGGCUCCUCUCAAACCGUCUGGUCUUCGACAUCAACAAACCCCUCGCAACCCUCUCCCAACGCUGCGUCGGCCCCUCGCACCAUCAAUUCAAAGUCCGUCUCUCAUCAUCCCUCUCAAUCUACUGCUGCUCCCGCGCAACCCACACCACUGCACCCGGCUCUGUCUCCCUUGCAACAUAACGUAUCCCCUCUUACCCAUGGUCCGAGGUCUCCCCCUUCUCCAGCGCUGGGUGUAAACGCAGGAGGCAUGCCUGUGUAUGGCCCUCCAAACCGUCCACCGCCAAGCUAUCCUACCGCGUCAGAAGCUCGUCGCAAUCGUAGAGGUUCAGAUAGCAGCUCUGAAGGCGGCAUGGGCUACAGAGACGUCCUUGGAGCCGAGAAGUGGUACAUUGGCGGCCGGACCGCUGCUGGCGAGGAGAGAUUUUACAAGCUCAGCAUGGUGCGCCGUGACACAAGUGCUGAUCGCCUCAGUGCUGACAGGCUGAGCCUUUGACACAUGUCUUUUUUCUUUCUCUCACAUUUGUCAUUUUCUCACUCGGAGUUUGGGCAUGGGAACAAUCGGCGAAAUCAGGUUUUGCGGCUUUCUG